AGAGGACUUCAUCAGUCUGUUCUCUGCCCGAGACUCCCACCUGAUAUGCCCGUGUUCACUGGACACCAUGGGGCCAUUCCACACUUCAGGCAUCGCAGGACUCCAACACACUAUUAACAUGGACGGCAGGGACGAGUUCACCGAAGACAGUGAAUGCUGCAGCAACAACUCCCAAGAAAUCCAAGGGCAGGAUAGCCUCUCAGAAGACAGCGAUAGCGACCCUGACAACCACGGUGAAGACUCGUCCUCCAACACCUCGGCCGACGACCACAUGACCACCAAGAGAACGCAGUGCCGCCUACAAGGAGCGGGAGUCAAAGAGGAGAGCGAGGAAGGGGCAGACCACGGCAACAACUUCGUCUGUCCUCUCUGCACGCUGGAUUUUAGCAGCCCUGAGAAGCUCAUCUCCCAUGUCUACCAGCACACGACCAUGAUGAGCAACACCAAGAGCUAUGUGUGCCCAGUGUGUGGGCGAGCCCUGAGUUCGCCUGGCUCACUUGGACGGCAUCUUCUCAUCCACUCCGAGGACCGCCUCUCCAACUGCGCUGUCUGUGGUGCACGCUUCACAGACACCAACAACUUUAACAGGGAGAAGCUCAAAGAUGUCCUCGACACAACCAGGAUGGAUGUCGGUGGACGGGACCCCUGUUCCCUGUCCCACUCCCUCUCCAGCAGCCCCAUGAGCAGCCCGGGCCCCGGCACUCACUCCUGCCACGGACCAGGCCCCAGCCCCAGCUCGUGUCAGGGUCCUCGCUCAUGCCAAGCGCCUGAACCCAAUCCCAACCUGUGUCAAGCCCAUCGCACCUGCCAGGGGCCGGGCCACAUCUCGAACCAGUGCCAAGGCCCCAGACCGUGUCACGGUGCAGGCCCGGGGUCUGGACCCUGCUCGGGCCCGGGACCUUGCACAGGCUCUGACCAAGGACCCUCCUUUCCUUCACUGCCUGACAGUCUCCUCUCUGAAGGGCCAUCACUCGCGUCUAUCCCCGAUGCUCUUAACUCCUCCUCUUCGGGCCUUCCUCCCAUCCCUGACAUCCUGAGCCCUAUGCCUGUGUAUCCCGCCGGAGUGCUGCUGGUGUGCAACAGCUGCGUGGCCUACCAGCAGUUAGUGGAGGCCCAGUCGCCGAUGCGAAAGUGGGCUCUGCGCAGGAAGAACGAGCCCUUGGAGGCCCGCUUGCAGCGUCUGGAGCGCGAGCGGACGGCCAAGAAGAACAAGCGGGCGUGCGAGACGGACGAGGAGCGCGAGAUGAGGAGGCUGCGGGACAGAGAGGCCAAGCGCAUGCAGAGGAUGCAGGAGACGGAGGAGCAGCGGGCGCGCCGGCUGCAGAGAGACCGGGAGGCCAUGCGCGUCAAGAGGGCCAACGAGACGCCGGAGAAGAGGCAGGCCCGGCUGAUCCGCGAAAGGGAGGCGAAGAGAAUCAAGCGACGCCUGGAGAAGAUCGACCCUGCUCUGAGGACACAGAUAGAACACGAUCCUGCCGCGAUGGCUGCCCUCACGGCGGACAUGAGUCUCUUUCAGUUCCCCUGCCCCAUGCCGGUCCCUUCCAUUGAUAAUGGUCUUUUCAUGAAGCUGCCCUGAUAGGACCAGGCCACUGGGGGGGGCAUCAGCCGGCUUCUAGCAGCAUCAUUAACCUCUGCACUGCACCACCAGGCUGCUGUGGUCCCAGUGAACCAUUCCUAGCUGGUUUGCUCCCAGCUCCUUCUGUGUCGAACAGCUUCACACACAAACUGCUUUGUUAAAUACAACGAACACUUCUUCAAUUUCUAAUUUAUUAAAGUCUAGAAAACCUUGGGAACAGGGUUGAGAAUGUUUCAUAUCGUAUGGAUGAUGACAUAAGAGCAUGUUGUAAAGAGAUUUAUCUGUUCGUCAGUGGACCAGCAGAUUGACGCAGUUCAUUCUAGCAGGAGCAGUUACACUUCCUUUGAGGAAAAAAAAAAAUCUUUUGCACAUGGACCUUCAGUGACGGGAGCGGGGACUCUGUAGCCACAGCCCCCUCCUUUCUGGUCCACUCCGCCAACCCAGUGACUCGGAUUUACCGGUAGCUACACCUCUCUCUUCAAGCUGCUGCCGUGGGUCCCUGGGAAGUUCACAUUCAGUCUAACUACUACCUCAGCCGGCGCCGGAGUCGCGCCCUCUGUCCUGUGGCUUACUGCGUUCCAACUCCAAGCUUCCAAAGCUCUAUAUGUACUGUACACAACUACAGAGGAUGCAGGUUGUUUUCCCACAAUUUGUGUUUAUAUAUUUAUCAUUCAGGCACUUUAAUAGGACACAAACAUUCACAAGAGCGACUAAUUUGCAGACGCUCCGGUUCGACUGGAGAGCGUUUGAUGAUAGUGUUUGUUAGCAGAUGAGCUCUGAGUGUUGGUCCUAUUGAACACGCCCAGCGCUGAGCUACAUUCCGUUCUCCUGAGUUGUACAUCUUAAUGCAUCCGCCUCCUUACAUUCUCUUUGCCAAGAUCUCUUUUCUUUACACUCUGAAUAUUUUGCCAAUGUCAUUUCUUUUUUUUCUUUUUUUUAAACGUUCUGUUACAGAGCUUUUUCUGUGGCUCAUAAAAACUCAGUCUGUGCUGCUGUUAUUGUACUGUACAAUACAUUAGUUACCUCUUCUAUAUAUAUAUAUAUAUAUAUAUAUAUUGGGCUCGUUAAAGAAUAUUGUGCUAAAACGUUCCAUUAGGUGGUCAAAAGGAAACCGUACCUAAUAUGUUCACCUCAGAAUUUGUCACAUUACUUGAAUUCUGCCCGCAAAGAUGCGUUUGUUUUCCUGGUUCUGAGUCCAUUUACAACAUGUUGUUAUUAUUCUACGGAGAGAAUCAUACACAGAUAAUGCAACCUCUGCUUUGUGCAAUUUGUGUAGCAUUCACAUGCGUUGUAAAGCUGCAGUACCUUCAAAAAAAAAUGUGUACCACUUAAAUUUAGGUUAUUUUUUUAUAUCCAUAAGUCAGCAGAUAUUUAUUGAGUCACACAACAGGUGGAACUUAUUUUAAACACCAUUUUUUUUUGUUUCUUUCUUUCUUCCGUUACUGAGCACAGCCCACACCAGGAGAUUUUUAUUAAUCUUAUAUCCAUUAACCUCAUUCCAGCACAUAUUUAUGCAAUAUGAUGUGAAUAUAUUUUUCUCGUGAAAGUGUUUUUGGGGUUAUUUUGUUUGGUAUAAAAAAAAAAAAGAAUUGUUUUAAUGCUUAAUUUCGAGGCCAUGUUUGAAUAUCCCUCGUUUAAUUUCCUGCCUGUAAGGUUACCUCCAGUUUAUUUGACUCCUCUUCUCCAGAUGCAAACGUUCACAGUGUCAAAUGAGCAGUUUCAGAAGUAUUCUUUCGACGAAUACGACGAGUAGUGGUUCUGUUUGAGUCACUCCUAGACGAGAGUCCGCCUACCGGGCAGUUUGUUGCAGCAAAUUUAACCGAGAAAGGGGAAAAAAAACGAAUAGGGACUUUUGGUUUUAUCCUCAGAGACUUUUCUAGGAGUGCAUCAAACCUCUAUGCAACAGAUGUGCUAUUUAUCAAGGGAAAUGGAUUCACUUUUCACUGAAACUAUGCAGAAUGCGACUUUAAUUUUAAACAGACUUCAAAGUAAAGAGUUCAGCUUCUCAGGCAAUUUAACUCAGUGAGAGGGCUCCGAGCCUUGAUUCAACACCCUGGUCCAUAAGAUUCAUUUAUAGACCUGAUGUAACAGAUUUUAGGCGGUCGUGGGACUUUUCUAGAGACACUUCUCAGAUGCGUUCUCUCUUCCUAGUUCAGCACACAAAAGCAACAGGGUCUCACUGCCAUCCUAGUCAUGACACACUCUACCAAGGGCAGAUCACUGUUUUCAAAAACUAAAAGGCUUCAGGUGUCAUUUAUUCCUCUCCUCCUCUCUCAGACUAUGAAUACUGGGUAUUCUCGGAGGUUGCUCUUUGAUAUUGCUGUGAUUCCCCCCUUUUUGUCCUGCAGUGGAAUAAUGGGACAGAAAAACUUCAGCGUCUGUGGUCUGACAUACUAUUGCAAAGGAAGUACUGUGGACUCUGAGGUGGCGUUGUGUCUUUACGAGCAGUCCUCUCAGUACGGAUUAGGUAAGCACUGCAUGUCGUGAAACUGCACUUGUCCUAGAAUGGUUCGAUAUGAGCUUGUGUUCUACUGUUAGUUUAUGCCUGCCUGUUUUUUACAGUUUAAUCAAAAAAAAAGAAGAAAAAAAAAGAAAAAAAAGAUGUUGUUAAAAAUGUUGGCCUUUCUAUAUUAAUUCUAUCAGGAUUUUCUCUCAAUGUCCAUGUUUACAAGAUAAAUCUCUCUGAACAAGGCCAAAUGAAUGAGCUAAACUGCUAACGACAGUGAUCUAUCAAUGCAUUCUGACUGGAUGGACCUUCGGGGACGUCAUCCUCUGUUACUGGAUUAACAGAUGUACAGACCACGAUGAAACCUGGUAAAGAAUGUUGGAAAUAAACAUUGAGUUUAUUAUAA